AUGCUCUUUUCUUCACACUCGCGAACGAAGCAAUUUGCUUCACCUUUUCUGCACGAUCUCCGCCGCAGCUUUCAUCCUCUCUGUUUUCGAUCAACUUCCACCGUGGAUUUCAUCAUCUCCGUUUCUGAUCGAUUUCCACUCGGUCUCUUCUUCUCCAUUCGUCAACGAAAUCAACACGGUGCCGUCAAUAUCUUCAUCAUCGCUGAAAUCAUCCAUCCUUUUCUCUCAAUUCUGCGCGUGAUACCCUUCGGUGGUGCAUGUCGCGGACUCCGACGAAGCGCUAAGGCUCUGAUGCAAAAGGAUGUACACUACAAUUUUUGCAGAAGAUGA